AUGGCGCGGUGGCCUGUGGCCGGUUACUAUGAUCCAUACUCGGACGACGAGUACUCGCUGUCGGAUGGGCCGGUGGGUGGAAGGGAGACUGGCGCAGCCGCAGGCAUUCCGCUGGAGGCAGUCGGAGUGGGCGGCGUCGGUGGCGAGAGCAGCAAGGCGCCGUUGUCUGAGUCGUCGGGAGGGAGCGAGAGCGGCGGCGCCGAGAACGAGCUGGCACCGUUCUUCCAACGGGUCGACGUGCUGAAGGGCUUGCUGGCGCGGGUGCAGGACAACAUCGAGCGGGUGGCGGAGCAGCAUGGACUCUCGCUUGGCGCAACGUCGUCGGAAGAGGCCGCCCAGUGCUCGCAGGUACUCGCCGACCUCAUGGCCGAGACCGACAAGAUGACCAAGUCGAUCCGGGCCAAGCUCAAGGCGAUGGAGAAGGACAACGCAGCAUUCGCCAAGGCACACAAGGGCUCGGCCGAAGACCGGAUCCGGACCAACGCGUAUGGCGCGCUCACCCGCAAGUUUAUCGCCGUCAUGCGCGAGUACCAAGAGCUGCAGACCGAGUACCGCAACAAGUACAAGGACCGCGUCGAGCGGCAAGUCCGUAUUGUCAAGCGCGACGCCACCCAGGACGAAAUCGAUGAGAUUGUCGAGGGUACUGGCGGCUCGGGCGUUUUUGCCCAGAUGAUGCUCUCGUCGACCGCCUCGCACGCCGCCGCACAGAAUGCGCUGGCAGACAUCCAGGAGCGCCACGAGGACAUCGUCCGUCUCGAGCGCUCCAUCGCCGAGCUCCACCAGCUUUUUGUUGACAUGGCUGUCCUCGUCGACGCCCAGGGCGAGCUGCUCGACCAGAUCGAGCACUCGGUGGCCCAGAGUGUCGGCUACACCGCCAAGGCCGUCAAGGAGCUCGGCAAAGCCAACAAGUACCAGCGCAAGGCCCGCAAGAAGAUGUGCGCUUGCCUCGUCCUCGGCAUGGUUGUCCUCGGUGCUGUCCUCAUCCCUACCCUCGCCGUCACAUUGAAGAACGCGUAA